AGACAAUAGGGUUCUAAUUCUGAAUCAUUCAAUUGAAUUCAAUGGUGUGUAUAUAGAAAAUUAUAUAAUUUUUAUGUAUCGUCUCAAUCGCAGCAAAGAAUUUGCAUACAACAGCGUUGACUCAGCUCUUGUCAGUCUGAGCUUCCGAGUCACUCAGUUUCAGGGUUCAUGCAACAUCCUCUGCUUCAGCCAGGUGGGGAAGGCAUGGAGGAGGAGGCAUUAUCGAGGCCAUCAGUUUCAUUGCUGGAAAAGAUUUCCAAAUAUAAGACCAUGGCUUGGGAAACAUAUAAAACCAAACCGAUCUCAUAUUGGGUUUUGCUACUCCUAAGCAGUGGAGGAAUGCUUGUGGCAUUCCCCGCUUCUAGCCUCCUAUCCCGUGUCUAUUACUCCAAUGGGGGCAAAAGCAAAUGGAUCAUUUCAUGGGUGGCUGUUGCGGGGUGGCCUCUGACUGCUUUAAUCUUAGUUCCUACGUACUACUUUUGUAAAACGUCUCCGACUUCUCUUACCCUAAAACUCACUCUUUCUUAUAUUGUAUUGGGUUUUUUAAGCGCUGCCGAUAACCUCUUGUAUGCAUACGCAUAUGCUUACCUCCCAGCAUCAACUGCUUCGCUUUUGGCAUCAUCAUCCCUAGUGUUUUCUUGCCUAUUUGGAUACCUAAUUGUGAACAACAAAAUUAAUGCUUCGACAAUAAAUGCUAUUGUGAUCAUCACCGCUGCUAUGGCCAUCAUUGGUUUGGACUCUGAUUCGGACAGAUAUGGAAACAUCAGUAACAGCCAAUACAUCGUGGGUUUUGUAUCGGAUAUUUUGGGAUCUGCUCUCCACGGGCUCAUUUUCGCUCUUUCAGAGCUUGUUUUUGUGAAAUUACUAGGUAGACGAUCCUUCCACGUCGUGUUGGAGCAACAAGUGAUGGUUUCUUUCUUUGCCUUUGUAUUCACCACGAUUGGGCUUGUUGUCAAUAACGAUUUCCAAUCAAUGACUUCCGAGGCUAGAAGUUUCGUGGGCGGUGAAGUUUCAUAUUUGAUGGUUCUUAUCUGGGGUGCUAUUACUUUUCAGUUGGGGGUUUUAGGUAGCACUGCUGUACUCUUUUUGUCUUCCACCGUGCUAGCAGGUGUCCUCAAUGCAGUAAGAGUGCCAAUCACAAGCAUUGCUGCGGUUAUAUUGUUACAUGACCCGAUGAGUGGUUUCAAAAUCAUGUCUCUGAUCAUUACUGUUUGGGGAUUCGCUUCAUACAUUUACGGUAAUCAUUCUGUGAGUAGAGAUUCAUCAUAAAUUGUCUGUGGGUUUUUGAUAACUUUUUUUUUUUUUUUUUUUUUUUUUUCCUUUCAUUUUCUGUUCCUUAGAUAUAGUAAUCAUGUUAAUAGGAUGGAUCUGUAUAAUUAUACUCCAAUUGUCUGUUGUAAUGCCUAAUUUACAGAAGAAUAUAUUCGUAUGUAAAGACAUUGUUGGCUGCUAGAUGCAUAUAUGGAGUGAUUAUAUGAUGUGUAAUGUUAUUGAUA